CGUGCGGUUGUCCGUCAGGCAGACGUAUAUUCCUUAAAUUUUAGAAAAAUCUGGCAAAAUUGGCUCUAGUGAUUAAAUUACAGUGGUAGCGAAUAAUACUAUAAAAUGCCGAAGAACAAAGGUAAAGGUGGUAAAAAUCGUAGGAGAGGUAAAAACGAGAACGAAACUGAGAAACGUGAGCUGGUAUUCAAAGAGGACGGACAGGAAUAUGCACAAGUUACAAAGAUGUUGGGUAACGGCAGACUGGAAGCGAUGUGUUUUGAUGGAGUUAAGAGGUUAUGUCACAUAAGAGGAAAACUUCGAAAAAAGGUCUGGAUCAACCAGGGAGACAUCAUCCUGAUAGGUCUCAGGGAUUACCAGGACGCCAAAGCCGACGUGAUAUUAAAGUACACAUCAGACGAGGCUCGCAACCUCAAGACCUAUGGCGAGUUCCCAGAAUCUGUCAGGAUCAACGAUACCGUGACAUUCGUGGAGGAAGGUUUUGACGAGGAUAUCGAGUUUGGCGACGACAUCAGUUCGGCGGACGAGGCGGAUCCCGUGGACGGCAUCUGAUGCCCGAUGGAUACGAUCCCCCGCCAGUCCCCACACCUUGAAACAAUAGUCUAUCGUCAUCUCGGCAACUUCAUCCUCCCAAUAUUUAGAGUAUAUCUAGAAAUGAACUGUUCAUAUAGCGCGACGCGUGUGUGAAUAUUUAGCGGUUAACGUAUAGGAUUUUAUUUCCGAUAAUUAGAAAUGUUAUGAUUGUAUUUAUGUAUAUUUACUGAAAUUAUCUCUUCUAGGAUUUUGAUUAUGGUUCUAGAAAGUUGUUGAACUUCUAUUUUUUUUUAUUGGCAUCUCAGUCUCAUUUCGGUUUUUUAAUUUUUUAAAUAAGAAUGGUAAAAAUGUAAAAGGUAAUAAUAAACUAUUGUAACAUCGUA